AAUCGAGCUUGACGUCGAAACGAAUGAAGGAUUCGCGACGUCGCGGGCUGCCUGAUCCCCGUGUCCUCGGGCUCUUCCUCCGGGCGACGGUAUCGAUCAUACGGCACCGCAAUGUGCGCUCUCGCGUCCGUUGGUCCGUCGUGCGAGGUGCCUCGCCGAUGCUAGCGGCUCGUCAAUGUCGUUGCGAGCGGGACGAGAUUCAAUCGAGAGAUCGCUUUACGGGGGAAUCAAUUCGCCGCGGCGUUAAGCUUGAUCGAACAUUGUCGAACGAAAGAACCGUUUGGUUUUGAUGCCGCCGCCGUCGCCGUCGCCGUCGCCGCGUCACGUUGUCAACGUGUCGACGGCAACGCGAGACGGAUCGAACUCGGUGAUGCAUUUCCAGCGCAUUCGAAUCGCUCGAUGCGUUCUUGCAAGUGUCCCGUCGUUUUCCAGCCUGUUUCAGCCUGGCGUGUUCCCUCACGCGCUAUUCGCGACUCCGAAUGCCGCGGAUUUCUCUCUUUCCAUCAUUUCGUUCGUGGAAAAUGGGAAGAUGGGGUGGCGAUUGUUCUUUUGGCACUACGUAACAUCGCGUGUCAAAGUCUCGACCACGAGGACGGAAUUAGACGGCCGUGGGUGUCGUUAUUUCGGCGGAAACGCAUAAAUACGUCGAUCGAUAACGGCCGGUGGUAGAUUCCGGUCGAGUUCGCCCGCGACCUUCGUAAUCUCUGCCUGAGAAAUGAAAGAAAAAAACGAAACGCGUCGUAGGCGAAAUCAAUCGUGCGAGUCGUGUCACUCGAUUUGCGUUGCCCUCCUACUCGUUUGUCAGAACGAUAUCCGUGUGAAAUACCGAUAACCGCGCUAAUUGGGGGUCGAGCGUGGACAGCGCGUUAUGUGAUACCGCGGCCGUGCGGCCGGAACGUUGAUUCCUUUCCCGACGCUUUCUCGAGCGUGUCACGUAAGGAUCGGCACGAGAUGCUUAGGGUCGAUAGUGCCGGUGCCGAGCCCACCGGAUUUCCCACUGGAGAACGAGCCGAUUCUCGGCUACAAGAAGGGCAGUCCGGAGAGAGCGGAGCUGGAGAAGGUCCUGGAUAAGAUGGCCAGCGAGUGCGAGGAGGUGCCGUUGGUGAUCGGAAACGAGGAGAUCAAGACGAACCUGUGCAAGCACCAAGUCAUGCCGCACGACCACAAGAAGAAGAUCGCCAAGUACUACUGGGCGACGCCGGAGCUGGUGAAGAAGGCGAUCGACGUCGCCGUGAGGGCGCAGCGCGAAUGGGAGAAGCGGCCGAUCGAGGCGCGGCUGGAGAUGUGGCUGAGGAUAGCGGGUCUGAUGGCGACCAAGUACAGGCAGCACCUGAACGCCGCCACGAUGCUCGGCCAGAGCAAGACCGUGAUCCAGGCCGAGAUCGACAGCUCGGCCGAGCUGAUCGACUUUUUCAAGAUGCACGCGUACUUCGUGAAGGAGAGCCUCAAGUACCAGCCGAUCUCGCCGAACCGACAGACUCUCAACUCGAUGAGGUACCGCGGCAUGGAUGGCUUCGUCGCUGCGGUGUCGCCCUUCAAUUUCACCGCGAUCGGCGGCAAUCUCAGCUACACGCCGGCACUGAUGGGUAACGCCGUGCUCUGGAAGCCGUCCGACACCGCGUUACUGUCCAACUGGUGGAUCUUCAAGGUCUGCAGGGAGGCCGGAGUGCCGCCCGGCGUCGUGAAUUUCGUUCCGUGCGAGGGACCGGUGUUCGGCGACACCAUCACGUCCUCGCCGCACUUCGCCGGCCUCAACUUUACCGGCUCGGUGCCGACGUUCAACCGGCUGUGGGCGCAGGUCGGCCAGAAUCUCGCCAAGUACAGGAACUAUCCGAAACUGAUCGGCGAGUGCGGCGGCAAGAAUUACCACUUUGUGCACGCGAGCGCCGACGUCGAGUCGGUCGUCAACGCGACGAUAAGGAGCGCGUUCGAGUUCAACGGGCAGAAAUGUUCCGCCUGCAGCAGGAUGUACGUUCCGGAGUCGCUGUGGGGCCAGGUGAAGGACGGUCUCCUGGCUCUGCGCGCGAAGCUCAAGAUCGGCGACGUGCGAGACUUCACCAUGUUCACCGGGGCGGUGAUAGACGACGUUGCGUUCAAACGGAUUUCCGGUUACAUCGACUACGCGAAAAAGUCGCCCAAGAUGGAGAUUAUUGGCGGCGGCGGCUACGACAACUCAUGCGGUUACUUUAUCGAACCGACGAUAGUGCAGACCAAAGAUCCAUGCGAGAAACUCAUGACGGAGGAGAUAUUCGGCCCGGUGCUGACCAUUUACGUUUACAAGGAUUCCAAACUCGAUGAGACGAUGAAGCUGGUCGACACGUCCACACCGUACGCUUUGACAGGCGCGAUAUUCGCGCAGGACGAGAAAUGGGCGAGGAAGGCACUCGAGGAUCUAAAGUAUACUGCCGGUAAUUUCUACGUGAACGACAAGUCCACGGGAUCCGUGGUCGGCCAACAGCCGUUCGGUGGCAGUCGAAUGUCGGGCACGAACGACAAAGCCGGCGGGCCGCACUACGCUCUCCGCUGGUCAUCUCCGCAGUCCAUAAAGGAGACCUUUGCACCUAUCCGGGAGUACGACUACCCAUACAUGAGAUCCUAAACGCCGAGAGAGAGAGAGAAAGAGCCCCUCGUCCCGGUUCUCGAGAACGAGAUCCGGUAAUUCCGAUCGCCGAUAACCGCGCAACGCAAAACCGAGAAACGUUUGCGUUAUCCGAAUCGGUAAGAAACAUAUCGGGCGGGGGGCGAUAUCAUCGCGAUCGCGCAUCGGUUUAUUACCCAGCCCGUUGCAUUAGCUCGACGAGCAAGGACGCUCGUUUGUACGCUCGAGUGAGGUAUCGCGCAAUUUCACUAACGAUUCUCCCGCUGGAACUUUCUACAACUGUUUAAAACUCCCAAUCGAGGGUCGCGAUGGACAAACCGAUUGUACGAGCGAGCAGUGUUCUCCCGGAGUGAAAUUCUCGUCGUCGCGGUGCAAUGUUCCUUAUUCGUUGUACGAUUAAUACGCGCGAUCGGAGGAUCGCUGAGAGAGCUUUUAGAAAAUGACGAGCAAGGUAGACACUCGAGACGACGGUCUUGACGCCGAGUUAAUUCGGUGUAGAGUAUGUCACGUGGAAAUACUUUCGAUAAAAAGCAGGAAACUCGCGAGCAAUGCGAUGCGCGCUAGAGGCACGACUAGAUUCCUAGAUUUCUUGAUCGCGCGCGGACGCUUCGUUGAUAUCGCCCGGUAAUGAACGCGAAGCUCCAAACGUAACGAUCACGUUACUCGCGGUCUCGUUGCUAGCCUGAUUGUUGGCCGCCAGUACCCAACUACCAAAGUGCAUUUCGGGAGCGUGUGAUCCGUGCGUCACGUACCGCGAUGUAUUCUUUCUAGUUCUCUCUUUCUCUUUCCCUCCGUAUAGUACAACACACUUUUGACAAUGCAAGCGCAACAUCGGAUAAUCGUGAUCGAGGGAGGCAAGGACGUAAAGUGUAUUUAAUUUCGUAGAGUUAAACUUGGUUCGGAGGUACCAUCAAUACCGUUAUCAACGAGUAUCCUCGAUGUUCACAAGGUAAAAGACAAAACAUUGUUCACGUGAUGAAUAAAGCUUCAGCUUUUCGACCCCGUUCGCAGGCGCGACGCUGCUCUUUGUAUCUGGUAUCGGAUUUUUGUUGCGUUAUUAGAGAUAUGCGCGGUAUCGGUGAUUCCGGUAGUAUUUAAUGAUAACGGAGUGGAACGAGAUUACAAGGACGGGAGGUGAAUUCUGUAACGGUUGAUAUCUCGAAGCGGAGUUCGAUCGCGACUUAUGCGCGACUUGAGGGGAGACGUUUCGCGGAGCCGAGGCGCGAUCCUCGUGGACGUAGCAAUUGACAAUAUGUCGUUUACUGCGGCAAGUGUUACAGCGUUAUUUAUUUUAAGUGUACCAUAGCAAUAAAACACGAAUAAAUACA